AUGGCGGAUUUUAGCGUGGUGGCUGGCGGCAAUGGCGAGGAAGACGACGAUGCCAAGCUCGAUUGGGGUUGGCUUGGCACAAUGGAUUUGGCAGAGUUGAAGAGGGUAACGAGGCAGAUGAUCCCGACAUUUUGGUGUGGCUCUAUGCUUCCUCCGGCCACGUGCACGGCGAUGGUGGCCGUCGACCGAAGCUCGGGCACUCUCGGGGUGGCUGCAGAUGUGGGAGAGAAGGCAGAGGAGGGCCCCACUGGUCAACAACGCUUUGACCUCGUCCAUGUAAGCAAAACCACCGGUGCAAACCCACCAAUGACGAUUUUUGAACGGUUUGGGAUAGAUUAG